UGCUUCAUAAAUUGUAUCAAAAUAAUAAUAAAAUAAUUAAGGGAAAGUCUCUUCUUAUGUCUUCGUGUUCUUCUCUGCCUCGCUUCACUUAGAAGAAGAGAAGAACAGGAAGCAUAGAGAAGAAAAUGAGCCUUAGUCUCAGAUUCUUUUACCACUAUUAAUUUAAUUGGGUUUUCUUUGUCUGUUUGUUUGUUUCUUUCGUAUAUUGAUUACUGAGCAAGAGAAAGGAGAGUCUUUUGAUGGGGAAUUGUUGCGGAGCCCGUAGGAAUAAAAAGGAGGGACCCUUGGCCUAUAAGAGCACCAUUUCUGGAACUGCCAGUGUUUAUGAUAAACACUUGCGUUAUUCAGCUCUUUCUAGUCCAAAAGUUUUGGCAGAUUUCGAAAAGAAAAUAGUUACAAGUCCCCCCCCCUCCAAGAUUUGAAGGGCACCUAAAGUCAUCCCUACAUUUGAAAGCCUUCAAGCUUAGUGACCUGAAGUAUGCCACCAGAAGUUUCGAUCCUGAGGGUUUUAUUGGAGAAGGAGGAUUUGGUGCUGUUUACAAGGGGUGGAUAGAUGAGCACAUCCUUGGUGCUGCAAGGUCUGGGCAGGGGAUGGUUGUUGCUGUCAAGAAACUUAAACCAGAUGCUCUUCAGGGUCACAAGGAGUGGGUGUCUGAGGUCUAUUUUCUUGGUCAACUUCAUCAUCCCAAUCUUGUCAAACUUAUUGGAUACUGCCUGGAAGGGGAACACCGGCUUUUGGUCUAUGAGUAUAUGUCAAAAGGCAGCCUGGAGAAUCAUCUGUUUAAAAGAGAGGCUCAACCGCUGUCCUGGGAUCUAAGGAUCAAAAUUGCCACAGAUGCUGCUCGUGGGCUCUCCUCGCAUGACUCUCAGCUGCAAAUUAUAUAUCGUGAUUUCAAGGCAUCUAACAUCCUUUUAGACUCGGAACAUAAUGCAAAACUUUCAGACUUUGGCUUGGCAAAAGCAGGCCCUACUGGUGAUCACACUCAUGUCUCGACUCAAGUUCUGGGUACUCAAGGCUAUGCCGCCCCUGAAUAUAUCGCUACAGGUAGGCUAACUGCAAAAUGUGAUGUCUAUAGCUUUGGAGUUGUGUUGCUGGAGUUGCUGACAGGACGCCGAGCUCUUGACAAAACAAAAGUUGGGAUAGAAAAGAACCUAGUGGAUUGGGCAAAACCCUAUCUGGGUGAUAGGCGCAAGCUCUUCCGGAUUAUGGAUACAAAGUUGCAGGGCCAGUACCCUCAGAGAGGAGCUUUCAUGGUUGCACUUCUUGCUUCACAGUGCAUCGGUGAGGCUAAACUCCGGCCGUCAAUGGCUGAUGUUUUAACUACUUUAGAAGAACUCCCUUUUAUCAAAUAUGGAAAAAGCCCCUCUCCAUCAGAACAACAAAUUUUAUCUAGUCCUGCCUUCUGGUCUCCAUCGACACUGAAUGAACCUUCGCCUACCUAGAGGACCUCCACUGCCAACACAUUAGAAUUCUCCUAUAAGUUAAUACAAGCCCCAUUGGAUCUCCAUUGCCGCUGCAAAUGAAUUCGCCGAUGAGUAUGAAAUCAAAGGAUCUCCAUUGCCAUCACAUAUUUGAAAUUCCCGAUGGAAUGAUAAUCAGGAUUCUUCCUCUUUAGCUACAGGUCAUUGUAAAUAGCUUUUUAUUUUUCUGGGUCGGCCUUUUUCCUGGACUCGUUACACAGAAGACAUCAACAGCCUCACCAUCAAUUUUGUUGUCUUGCUUAUGGAAAUUUUAUAUAGUUGUUAUAGCAACAUCGUUACACAUUCUUGUUUCAUGUACAUGAAACUGACUUCAAUUAUUGUCCGAACAAUAAUGUAGGCUUUCUACUCUGCUGAUUAUUCCUGGUAAAAGAUGCCCUAGUUUAUACUCAUGUGUAGCAGCAGUUUGAAGAGUGUUUCUGU